AUGGAUGAAAGUUAUUCAAAUAGAUCCCAUGGACCUUCAAAAACAACUUCACAAGACAUCGUUUUUGCCACGUUAUACUCGUUCAUGGUGUUUUUCGGCGUGGUAGGAAAUGGCGUGGUGAUAGCUAUCGUUCGCAAAACGCCUUCGAUGCGCACGACAACAAAUUAUCUUCUGCUAAAUUUAGCUGUGGCCGAUCUAUUAACAUUACUUCUUUGUCCUGGUAUCUAUGACUUUGCUUUAAACUCUUUGAGGAUAAACCCCACACUGGGUGACAUCGUCUGCAAACUUUUUACUGGAAAUGCCGUCGUUUGCAUCACAUUCGACGCGUCCGUGUUGACUCUAUGCGUUAUUGCCGUGGAGCGAUAUGUAGCAAUUGUCAAACCUUUUAAAAGUAGCAGUUGGAACAUUUCGUCUAAGAACACGAAGUUGGUCAUAGUCGUGAUUUGGAUACUGUCAUUCAUCUUGAGUUUCCCCGACAGUUUGUGGACAAUGUACAAGAAGGAUCCCAACUCGAGGUAUCCAUGCACUCGUCCAUGGACACUGGAACACGAGUCGACUGUUAAGGCCUACAUUAUUGCUCACUGUCUCGUCAUGAUCGUAUUUCCCUCCAUUUUGAUUUCAUUUUGUUAUCUCUCGAUUCUUAAAGUGCUCAAGUGGGAUUUGUCAGACCCAGCGGUAGACGAAGCUGAAAAGAACAGUAUGAAAAGACUUUUAAAGCUUCUUGUCUCUUUAGCAGCGGCUUUUUGCGCGCUCUGUUUGCCGUUUGCGUGCUUCUUUAUGUAUGUUACUGCGAUCACAGACGUUCAAAUUAAGCAAGAUUUCGUACAAUUGUUUCUCGCUCACAGAAUUGUCCGGUUAUUAAUAUUUUUUAAUUCUUUCAUAAAUCCGCUGUUGUACGCUGCACAGAGCGCAAACUACAGAAAGGCAAUGGAUGGAAUUUGCUGCUGCACUGGAGACGUUGACUCUGGGCGCCAAGCCAUGAAACUGAUAAACAUAACUUCACCUGCUGGAGUUGGUGAGAAAGUCUCAGUGAUGAACGGAAGCAACAUUACCGCUUCUCCACUUAUCACCACUUACGAUGUCGUUUUUGCCACGUUGUACUCUUCCAUUGUGUUCUUCGGCGUCACGGCAAAUGGCAUAAUCAUCACCAUUGUAAGGAAAACACGAACCAUGCACGCAACAACAAACUAUCUGUUGAUGAACUUGGCUAUAGCCGAUUUUCUAUCGUUGUUAUUUUGUCCGGGUUUCUACGACUUUGCACUACACAAGUUUCAUUUGGGCUCCGGGACACUGGGUGACAUCUUUUGCAAGUUUAUUGCAGGAAAUGCAAUCGUUUGUGUCUCUUUCGAUGCCUCUGUGUUAACUCUGUGUGCCAUUGCAAUGGAGCGCUACCUUGGUAUUGUCAAACCUUUCAACAAACGUUGGGUUCUGACGAAAAAGAAUGUAAAGUUUAUUAUUCUUGUUAUUUGGGUCACAGCUUUUUUUUCAAGCUUUCCAGAUACGCUAUGGACGAAGCCCAAUAACGAAGACACGCCGUGGCGGUAUCCCUGCACGCGUCCAUGGACAGUUAAGAACCAGACUUGGAACGUCAAAGCUUACAUCCUUGGCCAUUCUGUCGCUCUAAUUGUGCUCCCUUCAAUUUUUCUUUGCUUUUGCUAUAUUUCAAGUUCCGCAGCACUUAAGUCAAGCGCAGGUGAACCGGAUGAAGAUCCCGCUAGCAAACGGAACAUGAAAAGGCUAUUAAAGCUUCUCAUCUCGUUAGCUUUGGCAUUUUGCUUACUCUGCCUUCCAUUUGCUGUCUUCUUUUUAUAUGUCACCGCGCUCGCCCCUAGUCAUUUAGAGCAAAGUUUUAAACCGUUGUUUCUGGCACAUAGAAUCGUUCGUUUUUUGUUAUUUUCUAACUCAUUCGUAAACCCUCUUCUUUACGCUGCUCAAAGCAAAAACUACAGAAAAGUUUUAUUUCAGAAACUUCGCCUUAAAAACAACACACGUAACACAGAAAUCGAAGCCGCAGUCAGAGCCAGAGCGGAGAAACAUAGAAUAUAUUAUGAAACAGCCGUCUAA